GCCCGCCCGCCAGGCAGGCUAGGCGCCAUGAACCCCGCGCGAGGGGGCUCCAUGCCGCCGCCCCCCACCGCCACCGCCUAUUUCCCCCCGACCCGCGUCACCCUCCCGUCCGGCUUGGAGAUCCUGCGCACCUACUCGGGGGCCUUCAUCUGCCUGGAGAUCCUUCUGGGAGCACUUGUCUGGAUUUUAGUAGCUGCCACCCAAGUCCCUUUGCCACUCCUGCAGGGCUGGGUGAUGUUUGUGUCCGUGACCUCCUGCUUCAGUUCCCUGGGCUUCCUCUCGGUGUUUCUCUUCAGCUACAGAGAGAAAAUCGCAAUUGACUGGAACCGUUUGGAUUUCUUUUACCACGCAGCUGUUUUCGUCUGUUAUUUUGGGACCUUUUUGUUGCAAGCCGCCACAACGUCUUUGCACAGCCAUCUGGUUAAGUUCCAUUUCGACACCCAGUUCAACACUACCGUCCAUCGCCCACUUCUAAACGAGCACGAAUAUAACUUGAGCAUAGCAGCUGCUAUUUUUGCCUUUGUAACCACUAUAUGUUACGGGUGCAGCACAACCCUCGCUUUGAGAAGAUGGAAACUAUAGCGCUGGAAGAGAGGAAAUAUCUCCGUAGCAUCCCAUCAGUUUCGCGUAACUGUGCAGAUGAUCAAAUGGUUAUACCACUUGUCCGUCAAAUCAGAGUGGCGUUCCAAAAAAGAAGAA